AAUGCUUCAAACUCCGAAGCGCGCGCUCGCGAGAUAAGAGGGGGGGGUGGGGAAGGGAGGGAGAGAGAGAUGGUGGUCCUUCCCCCGAUCCCGACGCUUACGCUGCUCCUCACCCCGACCGAUGCUCACCCCAUCCCCACAACCCCUUCCCCUUCGCGCCACGAUUUCGCGCGCCAAAAUCUUCCCCCGUUUCCCGCCGCCGGCGACCGCCACCUCGCCGACCUAGGGAUAGAGCAGCGACGACGAAGAAGAAGAAGAAGAAGAAGAAAAAGGAGCUCCUAGCGAAGGAGGGGAGAGAGAGAGAGAGAGAGAGAGAGAGGAAACGCUGGCGAGCUCUUCGAGUUCCUUGGUCCACGGUGGCCUGGGACAUCAGCAGAGCGAUGAAGCGGCGACGGCACCGGCUACUAGGGCUUCAUUUCUCCCGAGUGUUGUUGCUGUGCCUCGUCGCCAACACUUGCGCCGCGCUUAAUCUCGAGGGGUUUGCUUUGCUGGAAUUCCGGGCGAAAGUGGAGGACGAUCCUUAUGGAGCUCUGAAGAAUUGGGAUCGGAGGGACGCCGACCCCUGCGAUUGGUCCGGUGUUCGAUGCAUUGAUGGUAAAGUAGAGAUUUUAAACUUAACAGGUUUGGGUUUGAGAGGAACCCUUGCACCUGAGCUUGGAAAACUUAGUCACGUGAAAUCUCUUGUACUUUCUAAAAAUGAAUUCCGUGGAGUAAUUCCUAUGGAGAUCGGGCAAUUAAUGUGUCUUGAACUCUUGGAUUUGAGCAAUAAUAAUUUGAGUGGCACAAUUCCAGAAGAAAUAUGGGAAAUUCCAUCACUCAAACACUUUUUUCUCUGCGACAACAAAUUUCAAGUUGGUGUGGCUUCAAAUAAGAUGCGUAAUGGAGAUCGAAAUGUUGGCUUGCCUCUUGGUGAAGCUACUGAAUUUGGCUGUUCAAACAGAAAAGUUGGCUGCAGGCUGAAGUCCCUUUCUUCAUCAAAUAGCAAUAAAGGGAAUUGUGGUGUUAAUUUACCAGGUCCCGAUGAGCCACAUGUUAUGAGAAAUUUACAGCAAAAUGCUGAAGGUUCUGUCCGUCGUGAGCUUCUUCAAGAAGCCAGAAAUCUGCCAGCUUUAUCGGGGACUAAUGGAUCUCCUUUGCCUCCCCCAAAAGCUUUUUCUGUACCAUCUAGUGGGAGCGGCUCAUUCCCUGCAGCUCCAAGUUCAAGGAAUAUUCCUUCAUUGAAUUCAAUGCCUGCUGCUCUAAUUUCCAUCCCACAGCUCCCCACAAUACCUUCGAAACCAGACGAUUCAAAAGGAAAUCAUUUCUUAUUUGAUGAAAAAUUGGAGAAAUUGGGAUAUCUUUUAGUACUUCCUGGAAUUGCAUUACUAGCAACUAUAGCUGGGAUGCUAUUUAUGUUCCGUCGGCAGGGACAGGCGGCCAUAGGUCCGUGGAAGACAGGCCUAAGUGGUCAAUUGCAGAAGGCAUUCGUAACAGGUGUUCCAAAAUUAAACCGAUCGGAGCUUGAAGCUGCUUGCGAGGAUUUCAGCAACAUCGUUAGUACUUUUCCCAAAUGCACCGUUUUCAAAGGAACAUUGUCCAAUGGAGUUGAGAUUGCUGUCGUCUCUUCUGUUGUUGCUUCAGCUAAAGAUUGGUCGAAGCGUGCAGAGGGGCAUUUCAGGAAGAAGAUAGAUACGUUAUCAAGAAUAAAUCACAAGAACUUCAUAAAUCUUAUUGGUUACUGUGAGGAGAACGAGCCCUUUAUGCGGAUGAUGGUGUUCGAAUAUGCUCCCAACGGAACUCUAUUUGAGCAUCUACACAUUAAAGAAUUCGAACAUCUAGACUGGGGUGAAAGAAUGAGGAUUAUAAUGGGCACAGCAUAUUGUCUUCAGUACUUGCACCAUGAACUUAAACCACCUGUCGCAAUCUCCAAUCUACAAUCAAAUACAAUCUUCAUGACUGAUGACUACGCUGCCAAAAUGGCUGAUAUAAGUAUCUGGAAUGAAAUUGCUGCGAAACAAAAUGUAUUUGGUGAUUAUGAAGCUGAUCCGUCUGAAGUACCUACGGGUGAUCCUGAAUGCAACAUUUACAGUUUUGGGAUACUUUUGUUGGAGAUUAUUUCCGGAAAGCUUCCUAAUUCUGAAGAACAAGGUUCCCUCCUAAAUUGGGCUACUGAGUACUUAAACGACAAAAGGAACAUCAAGAACCUGGUCGAUCCGACAUUGAAAAACUACAAGGAUGAAGAGCUAGAAAUAAUUUGCGAGGUGAUUCAAGAGUGCAUUCAUCCUGAUCCGAGGAACAGGCCGACGAUGAGAGAAAUCGCCUCUAAAUUGAGGCUAGUGUUAGCUAUCUCUCCGGAGGCGGCAGCCCCAAGACUUUCUCCUCUCUGGUGGGCCGAGCUCGAGAUCCUCUCAGUGGAAGCAAGUUAAAUCCGGAAAUGUGUUCAAUUCUAGGGCUAAUACAAGUUGAAUUCAUACAACAGCUGUUGUUUCUUGCCGUAAAGUCAAGUGUCAUUUGAUUUGCUUAUUCUUUUUGAUCCCUCUAUGAAAUAUUUCAGUAAUGUCAAGUGUAUUGUUAUUUAUUUGCUUAAUGUAUGUACUGUGAUAUGUAAUAAGACAAGUAAUGUGCAUUCGUUUUUGUACAUCAAUAGUACAGGUUCUUUAAGCAUAGAGCCUGAUUGGCUCUUUUAAAAUGGA